AUGAAUUCAAUUAAUAAUAAUAAUGCAUUAAAUCUUUCUAAUUCAAUGUCAACUGCCAUCAGCUCUGAUUUAGUUGGCGAAUCUUUUUCUCAGGAAGAGGAAGAAGAGGAAUUAAUCGCAAAAUUAUUCUUUAAUAUUCCGUUUCUUGAUAAAGAAAUAAUAAAAGCUUAUGAAUAUUAUAAGACUUUAGAUGCUAUUAUUGAAAAUAAUUUUGUCAUCCCUUUAUAUGGAUGUGAUAAAGACAAUUAUUGUUAUAAGUUAUGGCAAGAGCUGCAGGAUUUAAAGCAAGAACAAGAUCAACAAGGAUUGAAUCAACCACAGGAAGAUCUAAAGCAGCAAAGGCAACAAGAAAGUGAUAUUAGUGAUGAUGAUAAGGAUGAUAAUUAUCAAAAUUUAAGAAAUAAAUUAGUCCCAACAAGUCAAGAAUUUCAACAAUUUAUAACAAAUUGCUUAGAUAAACUAAUCAUUUAUCAACCAGAAAAUUCUUUUAAAUUCUUAGCAACAUUGUUAAAUUUACCAAAUGAUAUUAAAGAAUUUGAAAAUUCAAUCAAUGCUUUUUAUUGGAGUGACAAAGCUGAAUCAGAAUUGGCACAUUUUAAUUACGAUAAUAAUGAAAAUUUAAUUAGAAAUUUAAUAUUAUUAAAAGGAGAAAAAAUCUAUUACAACCACAGCCAACAAAAACAAAAACUUGGUGAAGAUGAUGCGCGACAACAAAAUUCAUCGUUGUUUUUAAAAGGAAAUUUAUCUGAUUUUCCAUAUGAAUUAUGUUAUAAAAGUGUUUCUUCAUCAUUAUGGUAUUCGUUUGUUAAAUAUAGAUUUGUUGUUUCCAAAAAGCCACAACAAAAUUAUCAAAAUUAUCAAUUAUUUACUACAUUUAAAUCUACUGAUAAAAGUUUUUUUGGUAGAAUGGUUACACCAGAAUUUGAUGACGAUGAUCAUGGAGAAAAUUUUGAAUUCAAAAUUUCAGAUCAAGGUGUUAUAAUAUAA